AUGAACGUACCACAAAAGUUCCAUAUAGAGGAUGCGACGAUACAGGGUGUGCGAAUGGCGCUUUCUCACCCGCGCGAGUGGGUGCCUGGUCUCGUCCACGCGCUGCGCACAGCGCAGAGCCCGGUGGGCGCUGCACCGCUAGCUGCAGCGCUCUGGUUCUCUAUGCUGUGUGCGCUAUGGGCGUAUGUACGCUCAAACAUAACCGGCAGUACGUCGCAAGUAGACAUGAUGUGGUCACUGCUGCCGCCUGCAUACGUUACCUGGUUUGCUGCACUUGCUUUCUACACUUCGGGGGCGUCUCCGCGACUCGCGGUGAUGACGGCGCUCGCGCUGGCGUGGUCGAUUCGAAUGACGUACAACUUCGCACGCAAGGGUGGAUACUCUGGCGUGGAAGACUACCGCUGGCCGGUGUUGAGGCGGAGGAUCUCGAACCCGAUCCUCUGGCAGCUCUUCAAUAUCGGCUUUGUGAGUAUUUACCAGAACUUGCUGCUUCUGAGUCUGGCUCUGCCCGCGUGGGCGGUCUUCCUUCGGAGUCAAAGCGCCUGGACUGCAGUGGACACUGCAGCUUUAUCCAUGUUUCUCAUGUUUCUGCUUCUCGAGACCGUGGCAGAUGAGCAGCAAUGGCGUUUUCAGUGUCGAAAGCACGCCUUGACGCUAGUUCAACGUGCGCAGCACCCGAACCCAGAUAUCCGCCGAGGUUUCCUCACAAGUGGCCUCUUUCGUUUCUCACGGCAUCCGAAUUUCUUUGCCGAGCAAGGUAUGUGGUGGGCGUUUUAUCUCUUUGCUGUAGGUGCCGUACUAGGCGAACAGAAGAACCCCGCAUGGUGGCGAGUGAUCUUCCAGGGGAGCGCGGUGCCUUUCUUCCACUGGAGUAUCAUCGGGCCUGUGCAGUUGACGCUUCUCUUCCAGGGAAGCACCUGGUUAACUGAACAGCUCAGUUUGGAGAAAUAUGGGGAUCUGUACCGCGCCUAUCAGCGGCGGACAAGCCGCCUGAUACCCAUGUGGGCGCCCGCGCUUCUCAAGGAGCAUCGAGCGUAA